AUGUCCGCCGGAACCGAUCCGGUGGUCAAACCGUUCUCAAUGUCCACCGAAACCAAUUCAGUGGCCAAGCCGUUCCUGAUCUCUGCUGGAAUCCAGCCUACGAUCAAGCCUUUCCUGAUGUCCACCGGUACCAAUCCGGUGGUCAAACCGUUCUCGAUGUCCACCGAAACCAAUUCAGUGGCCAAGCCGUUCCUGAUGUCCAUCGGAACCAAUCCGGUGGUCAAACCGUUCUUGAUGUACACUGCAACCUGUCCGGUGGUCAAGCCAUUAAUGAUGUUCACUGGAACCCUUCCGGUCACCAACCCGUUCUUGAUGUCCACUGGAACCCGUCUGGUGGUCACGACCUUCAGGAUGUCCACUGGAACUCGUCCGGUGUUCAAGCAGUUCCCGAUGACCCUUGGAAUUCAUCAGGUAAACAAGCCGUUUCUGAUGUCCCCUGGAAACCAUCCGGUGAACAAUCCGUUACCGAUGUCAGCAGGAGACCAUCCGGUGAUGCAUUUUCCGAUGCCAGCUCGAAAUCAUCAGGUGUAA